AUGAAUGGCCCUGAGGCUGGCCCAGCGCGCGCUAAAGGGCAAGCGAGUAGGGAUGGCCCAUGGGAGGCGCCCAAUGCAGAGCGGAUGGACGUGUCUUGGAUCAUGGAUGGUCAUCAUGCUGGUGCUGUCCAGCCCAGCAAGGGACGAGACGACGAUAAUGGAGCUUGCUCCUCGGGGGAUGCGACCCUGGAUCUGGGAGAGGACUAG